AUGGAAUAGAUCUAAUUUCUUUAAUGGUAAGGUGAAUAUGGAAAAACUAAAAAAAAAUAAGGUAAAUGGAUUGCAACUUGGAAAGAGGAAAUAAUUUAGGAAGUUGGUGGAUAUUAUACUAUGAUAAUGGAUUAAAAAUAGGUUAAUGGAAACAACCAAGUAAGAGUUAUUGAAGGUAAAAAUGAAGUAUGUUACAAAAUAGUCAAGCUCAAGUGUAUGAAAGCUGAGAAUACUUUCUUGAUUAAAAAUUAGGGAGAUGGAAUUACAUCUAUGAUUACUAAAAGAUGUAUUAUUAUUAAUUGAUUUAUUAGUGGAGGUGGGUCAUAUGUUUAAGCAGUUGGAUAAAUCUAUUAUUGUUUGUGGUGUUAAGAUAGGGCAAAUAAUAUUGAAAAUGGAUGAUCAUAGUGAUAUUGUACAAUCAGUUUGUUUUUCUCCAAAUGGUACUCUAUUAGCAUUUGCAAGUGCCAAUUAGUCAAUUCUUUUGUGGGAUAUUAAGAUGGUACAAUAAAAUAUCCUCUCUGUAUUUUAAUCACCCUUAGAAAACAGUUACUAAUCUCAAUGUAGUAUAUUUUUUAAAAUUAUUUAGCUAUUGUUUCUGCUAUAAUUUAUUUAAUAAAGAGGGGGUUGCAUUUUGAAAAGCAGUGA